UUAACCGCAGAUGGGCAUGUUUCGAGCCCCGCCCACCUGAUGACGCGAAUGACAACGGAUAUUGAAUCUCCGCCGAAUCUCAGCUGCAGCCUCCGGGCGGACGGUGUUCUGCUUUCCGCAUCGUCUGGGGGGAUCGGGAGAGGGACCUCGCGUCCUGGGUCGGGGUCACUGUCUGCAGCCUCCAGGCGGACGGUGUUCUGCUUUCCGCAUCGUGCGGGGGGAUCGGGAGAGGGACCUCGCGUCCUGGGUCGGGGUCACUGUCUGCAGCCUCCAGGCGGACGGUGUUCUGCUUUCCGCAUCGUCUGGGGGGAUCGGGAGAGGGACCACGCGUCCUGGGUCGGGGUCACUGUCUGCAGCCUCCAGGCGGACGGUGUUCUGCUUUCCGCAUCGUGCGGGGGGAUCGGGAGAGGGACCUCGCGUCCUGGGUCGGGGUCACUGUCUGCAGCCUCCAGGCGGACGGUGUUCUGCUUUCCGCAUCGUCUGGGGGGAUCGGGAGAGGGACCUCGCGUCCUGGCUGCGGGCCGAAGAUAUCACUUUCCCAUCGUUAGACCUGCGGUGAGAGAUCUAUUUGGAAAAAAAACCCCAACUGGAAGCAAACCGCGACUGAAGACGAGGGAACAGCAACAAGUGAACCAGCCCGAGGACUGAGAGCAUCAACCGGAGAGAACCCAUCUAACUUGGAGAAUCCAGUGAUUCAGUCAGGAGAAAGUUUGCAAAAACUGAUCACAUCUGUCCUCAAAAUGGCUGAAGUUGCAAGCAGUGGGGAGUUCCAGUGGCAUCGACAUCAGGAAAGGACACGGGACCGAGCUCAAUGAUCCGCGAGGUCCUGGCAAGCUGGGACGAUUCCCAGCUGCUGCAGCUGACAGAAUUCUACCGGGACAGGCUGGAGCAGGCGAUGGAAGGAGGGGUGCACGGAGUGAGCCUGGCGUUAAGGGCCGAGAAUCAGUUCAGCGGAGGGGAACAUCGGAUAAUCUGUAAUCUCGCUGAUCAGGGAGAGCGGGUGGAAAGUUCUAAACUCCUCCUGAGCCUGGUGAUGGAGAAAGGCUCCCUCGCCCGGAGGGUGUUGUGGGAAACCUUUGUGAAAAUGUGGAAUGGUGUCCCAAAUUUGGACAAAAUACUGAAGGAAAUACAGAUAUAUGGUUGUGAUCCCUCCCAUCAGCCAAUUCCCGCUCAACUUUUACUGACGGUUCUCAGUGCGCUGAACGGUGUUCAACAGAAACAUAAGGAGACUCUGCGGGCACAAACUGAAACACUGAGAGUGAACACGAUCCUGAUGAGGGAGAAGGUGAAGGCUUUCCAGCUGGUUGAUCGAUACGCUGAGCUCACGGUCAUUUCUACUGUUCGAAAUCGGAGACUGGUGGAACAUGAGCUGCUGGCAAGAGGCAGAGACCACGAGGAGUGGAGACAGAAACAUCUCCGCGGAGAGCUGGAAAAAAUCCGGACAGACGAGUUAUUCCAGAGCAGCUUUUCCCAGAUUAAAUCCACAUCUGGGAGUUCAGCAGCAGUAGAUGGAGUCGCCGGGAUCGGGAAAACAACAAUGCUACAAAAGAUUGUUUAUGACUGGGCCACGGGGAAAAUAUACCAACAAUUCCAAUUUGUCUUCAGUUUCAAAUUCCGAGAUUUAAACUCCAUUAACUGUCGAAUAAACCUGAGGGAACUGAUUCUGGAUCAGUAUCCUUACUUUGGGAAAAUCCUGACAGAGGUCUGGAAGAACCCAGAGGGAUUGCUGUUUAUAUUCGAUGGUUUGGAUGAAUUCAAACACAGAAUCGAUUUUGCUGACAGCCGGAGAGAUACAGAACCCAAGCACCAGUGCCCAGAUCCCGAGUCGUGUUGUGAAGUGGCUGACAUUGUGUACAGUUUAAUCCAGCACAAGCUGCUCCCAGGGUGUUCAGUGCUGGUGACCACCCGUCCCACUGCGUUACAUUUAUUGAAAAAGGCAGAGAUCAGUGUCUGGGCUGAACUCCUGGGAUUUGUUGGCGAGGAACAGAAGGGAUAUUUCAUCAGGCAUUUUGAAGAUAAGACAGUAGCAGAAGCUGUUUUCAAACACGUGAAGGAGAACGAGAUCCUGUACGCCAUGAGCUACAACCCCUCAUGCUGCUUGAUCCUCGCUCUGGCAUUAGGUCCUUUCUUCACAAAAAGAGACAAGGACCUGCAGCAAGUUCCCAAGACCAUCACUCAACUAUAUUGCUACUAUAUUUACAACAUCCUGAAAAACCACGGCCGUGAGAUUGAGAACCCCCGUGAUGUGAUACUCAGGGUUGGUCAGAUGGCCUUCAGAGGAGUGUCCAAGAAGAAGAUUGUGUUUACAGAUAGAGAUUUGAUCAGCUACAGUCUUCAGCCUUCCCAGUUCCUGUCCGGGUUCAUUUUGGAGAGAGAGGAUUCUGCCCGGUGUGUGCUCUACACAUUCCCACACCUCACCAUCCAAGAGUUUGUAGCUGCAGUCACCCCAUUCCUGAAUCCACAUCCCGGGGAUAUCCUGAAAUUCCUCACUGAAGCCCACAAAACGGUAGAUGGCCGAUUUGAGGUGUUUCUCCGUUUCGUUGCUGGGCUCUCCUCCCCAAAGACAGCUCGGGGCCUGGAGGAGUUUCUGGGUCCAUUUUCUCAUGAAACCACCUGCCGGGUGAUUGACUGGGUGAAGGAGGAGGUUAAACGCCAGAGUGAAAACGCGAGGAGUGAAGCUGGGAAAAGGAGCCUCCUGAACACAUUGCACUACCUGUUUGAGUCUCAGAAUCGUGGACUGGCUCAGGCCGCACUGGGAUCUGUGGAAACACUUUCAUUCAGUGAAAUGACACUGACCCCGAUUGACUGCGCGGUCCUGUCUCAUGUAAUUGGACUCUGUGAUACAAUAAAACACCUCGACCUGGUGGACUGCAACAUUCAGUUUGAAGGAAUCCAGCGGCUGGGACCCGGGCUAUACAAGUGCCAGGAGUUGAGACUUGGGCAGAAUAAACUGGGAGAUUCGGGAGUGAAACUGGUGUCUGCGGCUCUGAGGAACCCGGAGUGUAAAAUACAGAAACUGCGGCUGAACAAUGUUGGUCUCACAAAUUCGGGUGCUGAAGAUCUUGCCUCCGCUCUCAGUACAAUCCCGUCACUGACGGAGCUGGACCUCAGUGAUAAUGAACUUGGAGAUUCGGGAGUGAAACUGGUGUCUGCGGCUCUGAGGAACCCUCAGUGUAAAAUACAAAAACUGUGGCUGAACAAUGUUGGUCUCACAGAUUCUGCUGUUGAGGAUCUCGUCUCCGCUCUCAGUACAAUCCCAUCACUGACGGAGCUGAUUCUGGGAUUCAACUCGCUCACAGACCAAUCUGUCCCCGCUCUCCGCCGCCUCAUUCUGACCCACCCGAGUCUGAAGCGGAUCGCUAUGUGGGGGAAUCGGUUCAGUGGGACCAGGAGGAUGGAACUGACAUUUUUGCAGGAUCCCAGACCUGGACUGAGAGUGAUCCUGUGAACAUCCCCGUCCGCGGGAUGGGGACGUUUAGACCGAUUCCCCGCCUUCCCCUUUGACGGCUGCGUGCCGGUAUAAUUUCCAACGGUUCUAUCGGAACUGGCUCCAGUCUCGUGGUUUGUGACAUCCGGAUCGUUCCCACAGUGACGUAUUUCCGCCUGUUGUCCAGCGGUGCAGAUUCCACCGGAUGUUCGCAUUCGAGACUCCCCACGUGAGACCCUGGGGAAUUACACAGACAGGAAGAGCCCGGGGGCCGGACCUCAGUCUGGGACAACAAUGUCCUGAGGUGGGAUUAUCCAAGGAGAGAAUCCAUUUGGUCCCUUUGCGCAGGACAGUCUGGCUGGUAUAAUGAUGUUAAAUUGGCAAAUACCUUGGCAGUGACGCUGGAUCUGCGGUGAUCUCAGGCACAGCCCUGAAGUGUGAUUUUCUAAUCACCGGUUCCCUGAUGCAGAGUGUCGGUGAGAAAUGGGACUGAUUAUUCAACCGGUCUCUCAUUGUCGUUGGUCUGUUAAUUGUGUGUGACUCUGUGAAUAGGGAACAUUUAUUCCCGCACGUCAGCAGCUCACGCAUUAAUUUACAUUUGUCAUGAUGAAAUCAAUAAAGUGCUGUAACUUCCUGUCUCGGUGUCGGACUCGAGUCUCAUAAGAGGAGAAGCAGUGACCUGGGGUUUCUGCUGCCCCCCCCCACGCACCCGAUGAACUGCAAUAAUGGGUCUUAGCUCCUCACGCUCGUACAGCAUCAUUUCAGCUCCAGGCUCAGGGAUGCCAGUCUGGUGUCUGGUCCUCAGGACCUCCUCACUCCCCAUCCCCAUCCAGGCUGACCCCCGCCUCCUCACACCACAGAUAUGCGCACUCUCUUGACCCCCAUCUUCCUGCACACUCUCCAUGCUCCCACAGACAAAAACGACAAUCGGUUGGAAGCUCAUAUAAGGUCUAAUUUCUGACCUGUGUCCCCAAAGGGAAUGGAACAGAAGCAAUCAACAUAGGGUGUCAGACACAGGCUGAAGCUGUGUCGGCAUCGUUUGCCCAAUCUCACUCUGGGAUGUUGAAUUACAAUAUUCCUGAAUCAGACACAGAGUGAAGCUCCCUCCACACCGUCCCAUCACACACUCCCCAGAUCAGACACAGAGUGAAGCUCCCUCCACACCGUCCCAUCACACACUCCCAGAGUCAGACACAGAAUGAAGCUCCCUCCACACCGUCCCAUCACACACUCCCAGAGUCAGACACAGAAUGAAGCUCCCUCCACACCGUCCCAUCACACACUCCCAGAGUCAGACACAGAAUGAAGCUCCCUCCACACCGUCCUAUCACACACUCCCAGAGUCAGACACAGAAUGAAGCUCCCUCCACACCGUCCCAUCACACACUCCCAGAGUCAGACACAGAAUGAAGCUCCCUCCACACCGUCCCAUCACACACUUCUGGGGUCAGACACAGAGUGAAGCUCCCUCCACACCGUCCCAUCACACACUCCCUGAGUCAGACACAGAGUGAAGCUCCCUCCACACCGUCCCAUCACACACUCCCAGAGUCAGACACAGCAUGAAGCUCCCUCCACACCGUCCCAUCACACACUUCUGGGGUCAGACACAGAGUGAAGCUCCCUCCACACCGUCCCAUCACACACUCCCAGAGUCAGACACAGAAUGAAGCUCCCUCCACACCGUCCCAUCACACACUUCUGGGGUCAGACACAGAGUGAAGCUCCCUCCACACCAUCCCAUCACACACUCCCAGAGUCAGACACAGAAUGAAGCUCCCUCCACACCGUCCCAUCACACACUCCCAGAGUCAGACACAGAAUGAAGCUCCCUCCACACCGUCCCAUCACACACUUCUGGGGUCAGACACAGAGUGAAGCUCCCUCCACACCGUCCCAUCACACACUCCCAGAGUCAGACACAGAGUGAAGCUCCCUCCACACCAUCCCAUCACACACUCCCAGAGUCAGACACAGAAUGAAGCUCCCUCCACACCAUCCCAUCACACACUUCUGGGGUCAGACACAGAGUGAAGCUCCCUCCACACCAUCCCAUCACACACUUCUGGGGUCAGACACAGAGUGAAGCUCCCUCCACACUGUCCCAUCACAUAGUGUUUCCUUUGGACUACACUGGUGAGGCCGAGAGCGGGCAGCUCAUACGGCUUGUGAUAAUGAUGACCAUUGCCCAUGUCCUUCCGAGACUUACUGAUGUCAACCACCAUGGAGACUGAAAUACCCCGCUCAGCCAGUUUACUGAUGCAUUCACCAAAACCCAGACCUACCCCGACCGAGUCUGCCAAGGACUCAAUGGGAAAGCAUGACAGUAUCACCAGCUCUCCACCUGCAUCCGGGUUCCUAAACGCGGGAGUCGUCUAUCACACUAACCUGCGGGUCAUAUCGGCACAGACGGUGAAGGCGAGAAAGGAAAAUACAGCAACACCUUUCGGAUAACCGCAAAACCAUAAUUCUUCAAACUUACUAUCCACACCCUGUACAUUCUCAAAUUACUGAUUACAGAAGACAAGUAACACGAAGAGCAGUGUGAGCUGCGUUAAUGACCAUCAUCCAGUGGCUCUCACAUCUCUGGUGAUGAAAUGUUGAGGGGUUGGUCACAGUGAGAAUGAACUCCUGCCUCAGCAAGGACCUGGACCCACUGCAAUUUGCCCAUCACCACAAUAGGUCUACGACAGAUGUGAUCGCACGGCCUUAGAUCACCUAGACUAUACAAACACCAAGAGAGUUCUGCUAAACAACUGACAAUUGCACCUUCACCCACUCCUCACUGGAGACGACUGUCUAUACCCGUGACACAGGAAAUCACAUCACUGUCACUCUCCUGAUAGCGUGUCUGACCUGCUCACCUCUGGGUAUCCUCCCUCACCAAGCCUCUUCCUCAGUCACCAUCUGUGAGUGUGACAAGUUAAAGGAUAAGACACUAAAGAUCUGUUAGGUUCAAAAAUUGUUUAAAAACAGUGAAAACACAUGUUAAAAAGGGCUAAAAUACUAACAGGUAUUUAAUUCAUUUAAUUGUUUCUUUCAUUCUUUAUUGUGUAAAGUUAAGCCCUGAUAGUAUUAUCAGUGAUCUGCAGAGUAGCCUUGAUCUGCUAGCCAGAGGUCGAUUGCUUCUGUCUCCACCCAAAUACCCAGGUGAUAUCUCGGUACUUUCUUCACUUGAGUAAAUUCUCAAUGAGGAAACCACCUCAUGUCUUUGUCGUGAUUAUUUCUCCCCGUUUUUGAGGUAUGUAGUUGGUAAUUUACGCUGUUAAAGGGGUCAUGAUGACUUUCUAAUGUGUAAAGUGCCAAGAGAGUGUUUAUGUAACAUUCGACUAAGUAACAGUAAUGUUUGCCGAGUGUAUUAAAGCACGUGUGUGAGCGAAGCCGCCGCCAUUCUGUGUACCGAUACCGCGUGUUUUGCUGCUGUGUGAGUUUACAUGUGCACCUUUGUAAUUGCAUUUUGCACAGUUGUUUGUGUAUUAUUAGUACCUUUAAGUUGUGAGAGUUUACUGAGCUAAUGCUACACAUGCACCAGUAACAGUAGAGAAAAUGUGAAUGAUGUCUUGGAAAUACUAUGUAUUGCUGUAAUUUACAGAGGGUAUGUAUUCUGUUGUGACCAAUUUGUUGUGAAGAUAUGUUUUUUUGUAAUUUGUGUAUAUUUUGAUGACUUGAGUAAAUUCUCAAUGAGG